GAGAGAGGGUCCGGCUCCCGGGGGGAGAGGGUCCGGCUCCCGGGGGGAGAUGCCCGCCGUCUGUAGCAGAGCCACCCUCCUCUGGGGCAGGAGUACGCUGCUCCUUGUGGGUCCCAUCUGCCUCCUGCUGCCUUUAGCUAUCGCCGGGCGCAGCUCCGAAGCCUAUUGUGGAUUUAUUGUGAUCUUGAUGGCUGUAUAUUGGUGCACUGAAGUCAUCCCGUUGGCUGUCACUGCCCUCCUUCCCAUCUUACUCUUCCCACUCUUUGGAAUCAUGCCGUCGAAACAAGUGUGUAUGCAGUACCUGCAGGAUACCAGCGCCUUCUUCAUUGGGGGGUUAAUGGUGGCCAUAGCGAUUGAACACUGGCAUCUUCACAAACGGAUCGCCCUGAGAACCCUCAUGCUUCUGGGUGUCAAACCAGCUCUGUUAAUGUUGGGGUUCAUGGCUGUGACGUCAUUCCUAUCGAUGUGGAUCAGUAACACAGCCACGACAGCGAUGAUGAUCCCCAUCAUAGAGGCCGUGCUGGAGCAGCUCAGUAGCGCUGAUGUGGAGGCAGAACAAACUGAUUUGGAAAGUGCAGGGCCAACCAAUGACUUGGAACUGGAGACAAAGAGCUCCAAAAAUGAACUGGACUCGUCAGAUCCGAUUUUUUCAUCGGUCAAGGAGGGAAAUGAUCCUGUUCGGAAUGGAAAUGUACCCACAAGGUCCAGACAUCCCAAGAUCAAGAGUGAGCAAAUGAGGAUAUAUAAAGCUCUGACCCUGUGUGUCUGCUACGCAGCCAGUAUAGGAGGUACAGGCACUCUGACUGGCACCGUCGCCAACAUGGUGCUGAAGGGACAGGUCAACCAGAUUUUCCCAGAAAGCGGAGAAGUGGUUAAUUUCGCCUCGUGGUUUGCAUUCUCGUUUCCCAACAUGCUGAUUAUGUUCUUUCUCUGCUGGUUAUGGCUGCAGGCGUUAUUCCUGGGACUCAAUUUUCGGAAGCUGUGGGGCUGGCGAAUCCCAAUUACCCCAAAGGAGAAGAGAGCUAAUGAUGUCAUUGUGAGAGAGUACAAGAAGCUGGGGCCCAUGUCCUUUGCAGAGAAAGCCGUGCUCGUCCUCUUUGUCCUGGUGGUACUGCUCUGGUUCACACGGGAGCCUGGCUUCGUCCGGGGCUGGGGAUACCUCUUAUUCAAGAGCAACGGCAAAGGAUACGUCAGUGAUGCCACUGUGGCUGUUCUCAUCGCAAUCCUCAUGUUCAUCAUCCCAUCGAAGAAACCAAACUUCACACCAUGGAAUCAGGUGCAGCAGAGCUCGAAUGAGGAUAUCUCAGCAGAACAGGAGGGAGCGAGCCCGAGACUCCUGAGUUGGGAUGUUGUUCACCAUAAGCUGCCCUGGAAUGUGGUAUUCCUGUUGGGAGGAGGCUUUGCGCUGGCUAAAGGCUGUGAGGUUUCUGGCCUUUCCAGGUGGUUGGGGAAUCAGUUACUGCCCCUCCAGACCAUUCCCCCAUGGGCCAUUGUGGUUAUCUUGUGUCUGACAGUUGCUAUCUUCACAGAGUGCACCAGCAAUGUCGCUACAGCUACCCUCUUCCUCCCUGUCCUGGCUUCAAUGGCCACCACCAUCCGGCUGAAUCCUCUGUACGUGAUGAUCCCGACCACUUUAAGCUCUUCCCUUGCCUUCAUGUUGCCUGUUGCUACACCCUCCAACGCCAUCGUGUUCUCCUACGGUCACCUCAGGGUCUUCGAUAUGGUCAAGGCUGGGCUCAUGCUGAACAUCAUCGGAGUGGCCAGUGUCACUCUCGCCAUCAACACCUGGGGUCGGCUCAUGUUCAAUCUGGACAGCUUCCCCGAAUGGGCUAACGUCACCCAGAGAGAGUGAGACCGGGAGCAUUUUUAUUCCGUCAUGUGGGAGCCGGAGGGUAUUGAGGUGGGAAAUGGGGAGAGUGGAGCAUUAGACGCUGUGGCCUACACACAGUGAAUCCUAGAGAGAUGUGACUGGGCCAAGUGUGAUGUAUGGGGCAUAGAUCACUUGACUGAGCGGAAUGAUAAGUGUGUUGAUUAAAAGCCUGAAUUAUCUCCAAUAGCUGUAGCCUUUAGUUGGGUUCCUUGGUUUCCAAUUCUUCCACAGCCUUGUCCCUCCGUCACUCUGUAACGUUGUCUGGACCCACUAACCGUCCAAGAUCUCUGCACUGUGCACUUUUGGCCCCUUGGUCACUGACGUUACUGACUCCAUUGCCUGUAGCCAUUCCAUCAGCUGCUUGGGCUCUGAGCUCUGACAUACCCUCCCUCAGCCUCCCCACGUUUCUCGCAAACUCUGCUUCCCCCCUCCCCACCCCAACCCACUGAAGAGAUGCCUCUUUUUCAAACUACUGGUCCCCAAGCUCAUUAUAGCUGUGUGUGAGUAUUUGCUGAACAAUACGCCUGUGAAUUGUGUGGAAUGUUUUACUAUCUCGAAGGCGUUAUACAAAUGCAAGUUGUGUUUGCUCAGUCCUGGAUGAAACUGAGUGAGGUGACCAGUCUGGGUACCUGGAUCUGUCACCUGUUAUCAGCCUGGAAUUGAGAAUUGUUCCUCACUGUUUAUACCCCUCAGUUCAACAAAACAGAAAAGGUCAUCAAAUCCAGUGAAAAUACAAGAGGGUGUCAGUGUCACAUUCUGUCUAAUGUUUGUUUUGUGUUCAAUCAGUACAUUCUUUUAGAGCCUGUCUCCUCCAUUUCUUCUGUUUUAGAUCAAAACCUUUUCAAUAAAGUGGCCUUUGAAAAUCAGUCAGUGUUAA